GCUGAGACCCCCAACAGUUACAUUGACUCAUGACUGCUAAUUUCUCGUGAUGCUAAAGUUGGAUUUUCAUUUAUACUCACAACUCCCUUUCUCUCCGACAGUGCAGAAAAGAAAACACCUGACCCGAAACAUAGUACCGUUGUUGUUUCAUAGUCUCCAUUUCUUAUAUAGAAUUUCUCGUAACCUUGGUUCUAUAAUGCAUAAACUCCUCUUCCUCAAAUCCACUUCUUUUUGUACCAAGAUUUCCAUUUUUUAGUCUGAUUUUAUUGUCUCUGAGCUUUGCUCUUCAACUACAAUUUAUUUUCACGAAUUUCAGGAACUCUGAAACAAGCCCAGUUCAAGAAAAAUGAAAACUUCAUGUCGGUUUUUUAAGCAUAACUUAGGAAACAUUUAAUCUUUUGAUUCCUCUUCUGGGUUUUUUGAGAGGAUUAAAGACUUUCUUUUAACUCAUUGAAGGCAACCCAAAAUGGCAAUUUUGAGUUUGUUGAAUAUUUUGCUUUUGGGGUUGUUCUUGAGGUCUCAACUUGUGAUUGCUCAGGUGUUUGAUGAUGAAAUUACAUUAUUAGCCAUUGGGAAUGAGUUCAGAUUAUCUGGGUGGGGAAUUAAUAAUUCAUAUUACUGUUCUUGGCCUGGAAUUGUUUGCAGCUUGAACAAUUCAAUGGUGGAGAGGCUUGAUCUUUCUGGGCAUGGACUUCAAGGUAAUCUCACUCUAAUUUCUGAGCUCAAAGGACUAAAAUGGCUUGAUCUUUCAAACAAUAAUUUCCAUGGAAUAAUCCCACCAGUUUUUGGGAAUUUAUCUCAGCUUGAAUUUAUUGAUUUGUCGUUUAAUAAAUUUGUUGGCUCAAUACCUGUGGAAUUCAAUAGACUCCGAAAUGUUAGAGCAUUGAAUCUUUCGAAUAAUUGGCUAACUGGAGCGAUUCCUGAUGAACUUGAGAGUCUAGAGAAUUUGCAAGAUUUUCAAAUAUUUACUAAUAGAUUGAACGGUUCUAUCCCAUUGUGGGUGGGGAAUUUGACUAAUCUGAGAGUUUUUACGGCGUACGAAAACGAUUUGAGUGGUGUGAUCCCGGAUAAGCUAGGUGCACUUUCCGAACUUGAGUUGUUGAACCUUCAUUCGAAUAGGCUAGAGGGGCCAAUUCCUGAGAGCAUUUUUGCCAUGGAGAAGCUUGAAGUUUUGGUUUUGACACAGAAUUUAUUGGCCGGCAGUAUUCCUGAAUCAAUCGGGAAAUGUAAAGGCCUUUCGAGUAUUAGGAUUGGGAACAACAAGUUCACUGGGAACAUUCCUAAAGAGAUUGGGAAUAUCAGUAGCCUAACGUACUUUGAAGCGAAUAAAAAUGAUCUCUCAGGGGAGAUUGUCUCCGACUUUGCAAAAUGCUCUAAUCUCACUCUCCUUAAUUUAGCCUCAAAUGGUUUCACAGGAACCAUCCCAACUGAGUUUGGCGAACUCAGCAAUCUGCAGGAGUUGAUUGUUUCUGGGAAUAGUUUGUUUGGAGAGAUUCUUACUUCAAUUCUCACGGGCAAGAACCUUAACAAGCUCGAUUUAAGCAAUAACAGAUUCAAUGGCUCUAUACCGGAGAGCAUUUGCAACAUGUCUAAAAUGCAAUACCUGCUGCUAGGUCAUAACUCGAUAAGGGGGGAGUUACCUCAUGAGAUUGGGAACUGCACGAAACUGCUCGAAUUACAAGUGGGAAGUAACUAUCUGACAGGAAGUAUUCCUCCCGAGAUUGGCCAUUUAAAGAACUUGCAGAUUGCACUUAAUUUAAGCUCGAAUAAUCUCCAUGGUCAAUUGCCCCAAGAGCUCGGAAGACUCGACAAGUUGGUUUCUUUGGACUUCUCCAAUAAUCAGUUCAGUGGGAAUAUUCCGGCUACACUGAAGGGCAUGCUUAGUUUGAUAGAUGUUAAUUUUUCGAAUAAUCAUUUUACUGGUCCAAUACCUUCCUUUGUGCAGUUUCAAAAGAGCCCAAGUUCGAGCUUCCUUGGAAACAAAGGGCUAUGUGGUGAACCAUUAAGUAUUUCAUGCGGAAGUUUGGAUGCUUAUGGUCAUAACGAUUACCAUCGCAAGAUCUCGUACAGGAUCAUAUUAGCUGUUAUUGGUUCUGGUUUGGCAGUUUUUGUAUCUGUGAUGGUAGUCAUUUUGUUUUUUAUGAUGAGGGAGAAAAAAGAAAAAGAGGCCAAAGAUGAAGGAAUUUCUGCUGAUGAAACUAGUAAUAAGCCAGUAAUAUUAGCAGAAAAUGUUUUUAUUGAAAACCUCAGGCAGGCUAUAGAGUUUGAAGCAGUUGUCAAAGCAACCAUGAAGGAGUCAAACAAGCUCAGCAGCGGAACGUUUAGCAAUGUCUACAGAGCGGACAUGCCUUCAGGGAUGAUUUUGUCUGUCAAAAAACUAAAAUUGAUGGAUAAAACUAUAAUCCAUCAUCAAAACAAGAUGAUAAGAGAACUCGAAAAACUGAGUAAACUGUGUCAUGACAAUCUGAUGAGACCUAUGGGGUUUGUGAUCUAUGAAGAUAUUGUUCUUUUGUUGCACCAAUACUUUCCAAAUGGGACAUUAGCUAAGUUUCUUGAUGAUUCUACGAAGAAACUGGAUUACGAACCCGACUGGCCAUCAAGACUUGCCAUUGCCAUCAGUGUGGCAGAAGGGUUAGCAUUCCUCCACCUUGUGGCCAUUAUCCACCUUGAUAUCUCAUCCAGUAAUGUAUUUCUAGAUUCCAAUCUCAAGCCUUUGGUCGGUGAAGUUGAAAUAUCAAAGCUCCUCGACCCAGCCAGAGGGACGGCAAGUAUUAGUGCUGUUGCCGGUUCAUUUGGAUAUAUUCCUCCAGAGUAUGCGUAUACAAUGCAAGUCACAGCACCGGGAAAUGUUUAUAGCUAUGGAGUCGUGUUGCUCGAGAUCCUUACAACUAGACUACCAGUCGAUGAGGAAUUCGGUGAAGGCAUAGAUUUGGUGAGGUGGGUUCAUACUGCACCUGCACGAGGGGAAACCCCUGAGCAGAUUCUUGAUGCAAGGCUAAGCACCGUCUCCUUUGCUUGGAGAAAAGAAAUGCUUGCAGCUCUAAAGGUGGCCCUGCUUUGCACCGAAAGCACACCAGCCAAACGGCCCAUGAUGAAAAAGGUGGUCGAAAUGCUUAAAGAAAUCACACAAAACUAGAUAUUGUGGAAUUCACCAGGGUUCUCUUAUUUCCAACUCUAGUUGUCUAGACGAAUUAGAAGGACGGCAAAAAAGAGUGUCCUAUCGGAGUAAAAAUUGUAUCACUGUCAUGUGGUAGGCCAAUGAAAUAUUGAGGGGUUGCUCUUAUUCUGUCUCAUAAACUUGAGAUUUGCCCACGACCAAUUCUUCUGUUCGACAGGGAUUCACUUUCUUAAACAAGAAUGCAGUUGUUGAAGAUAUGAUUUUUUUUUUCCCUUUCUUCUUGUAGUCCAUCCCAUUUGUCUACAGAGUUUUCAGUUCUUUGUUUAUGUUUAUUAGCAAGAAAUGUUUGUCUAUAAGUGUCCACCAAAGUUCAGGCAUCGAAAUCAUGCAGAAUCCAUAGCAGUUACUGCAGAUGAACAAGUCGGUUCCAUCCAUCGAUCUGCAUCUGAUGCAGAUCACGUGUAUUAAUUUUCCCGAAAGAAGAUUCUCUAGAAAAAAAGUACGGGAUUCUUGCAUCUUCGAGUUAUCUAAGAGCCCUUUUUCCUCAUCUCUUGUAGAAUGGAAAGGAUUCUUCUACAGCAUUGAUUUUAAAUGAGUGACAUAAAAUGAA